GCCGGCGAGGGCGCGCCCGAGGCCCGGACCAAGUCGGCCGUGCGCGUCCGGCUGGAGGACCGCUUCAACAGCAUGCCGGCCGAGGCGCCGCGCGGGCCCGAGACCCCCGAGGCCGGCGUCGCGCUCAACAAUUUGGUAACUCUUAUCCGACACCCACCAGAAUUAAUGAAUGUCCCUCUUCAUCAGCAACAAAACAAAUGCACAACAUUCGUCAAGAACAAGACCGCAGCUGCAACCACAGCUGUGCAGUUCACAUACCCGCUGUUCACCAGCAGUGCUUGCGGGGCCUCGGGAACUGCUAGCCUGUCCCAGACGCAGAGUUCUGGUAACUCCUGCUCUAUACUUGAAGCCACAGUCAAGCAUCAGGAUACCGGAUUGCCUAGAGCAUUUUCUUUCUGUUAUCAGCAGGAAAUUGAAUCCACUAAACAGACUUUAGGCAGCAGAAACAAAGCAUUACCUGAGCAGGUUUGGAUUAAAGUUGGAGAAGAAGCGCUAUGUAAACAAGCAAUAAAUAAGAGGAAUCGAAGUAGAGUGCGUCAGUUGGACACAAAUGUAGAGCGACGAACCCUUGGAGAGAUUCAGAAUGUGGGCGAAGCCUCCACAGCCGCACAGGGCACGUGGCGGUCAGCGGAGGCCUCACAGUCCAGCCUGGGGGAGCAGGGCCAGAGCGGGCCCCCGGGAGGAAGGUCGCAGCGUAGGGAGAGGCAUAACCGAAUGGAAAGAGAUAGAAGGCGCAGAAUCCGCAUCUGUUGUGAUGAGUUGAACCUUUUGGUCCCAUUCUGCAACGCCGAGACAGACAAGGCGACAACCCUGCAGUGGACGACGGCAUUCCUGAAGUACAUUCAGGAGAGACACGGGGACUCGCUCAGAAAGGAAUUUGAGAGUGUUUUCUGUGGGAAAACCGGCAGAAGGCUGAAGUUGACCAGACCAGACUCCUUGGUGACAUGUCCUACCCAGGAGAGUCUGCAGAGCAGCCCGGCGAUGGAGAUCAAAUGA